AGGAGCCACUGGAGCGCACAGACGGCACUGAGCGCUGCGGGGCGUAAAUCCAGAAGCACCUUUCAGCUCAAGUCACUGGAAGAGUCUACAAGUCGCCUGUGAUGAUUUUUCAAGCUAAAAAAAGGACACGGGUGGGAGAGAUAAGCUGAGGAACAUGUGGAGCUUUUUGACGCGCGAUGCGCAACUUUUGCGCCACUUGCUGCUGUGGCACGACAUGGCGGUUUAUUUCAAAGAUAUUCAUUUUUGAGUAACUUUCAAGGUGUAGUAGUAUGAAGUCCUGUGUCAGGGCAUGUUUCCUGAAUUGUGUCUUCGUGCUCAGGAUUGCGACUCAUGGGAUGUAGUGUAUGGAGAGCUGCGUUCAACUUUGGACACCUGAAGGUGCAGUCCAAGCUGUCCGUCUUUUUUACCAUGAUAAUACUCUUCACAUACCUCUUCUACUGCCUCAACGGAUUCUGUGACUCCUUACCCAGGCCUGUUUACGACCAACAGAGCAGCAGUCAAAAUAAAAUGAUCCUAAAUGAUGGACCGUCACUGCAGAAGCCCGGUGCGCAUAACGCGUCUCAGGUGUCGUUUGUCCGGGGACAGCUGGCGGACUUGUCGAACAGCGAUGCCAAAUCUAACAUCUCGAUAGCAAAUAGUUUCGGGAGCAAAAAGUUUCCUCAGGCCAUCAUCAUCGGGGUGAAGAAAGGUGGCACUCGGGCUCUGCUGGAGUUCCUGCGCAUCCAUCCGGACGUGAGAGCCGUCGGAGCAGAGCCACACUUCUUUGACCGCUUCUACGACAAAGGGCUGACGUGGUACAGGAACCUGAUGCCUCGUACUCUAGAGGGUCAGAUCACGAUGGAGAAGACCCCCAGCUACUUCAUCACCAAAGAAGCCCCUCGUCGUGUCUUCUCCAUGAGCCGCCACGCUAAGCUCAUCGUGGUGGUGCGCGACCCCGUAACCCGGGCCGUCUCUGAUUACACCCAGACUUUAACCAAAUCUCCCGGGCUGCCAUCCUUCGAGAACCUGGCUUUUAGAAACACCACCACGGGCCUCAUCGACACCUCCUGGAGCGCUGUACGCAUCGGCAUCUACGCCAAACACCUUGAGAACUGGCUGCACUUUUUCCCGCUCUCGAGCUUCCUCUUUGUCAGCGGCGAGCGCCUCGUGACGGACCCGGCGGGCGAAAUGGGCCGCGUCCAGGACUUCCUGGGACUGAAACGCGUGGUGACCGACAAGCACUUCUACUUCAACCAGACCAAAGGUUUCCCCUGCCUAAAGAAGCCCGAGGGGAGCAGCAGGCCGCGCUGCCUGGGGAAGUCGAAAGGCAGACCCCAUCCCCAGAUCCCCUCAGAAGUCCUCCUCAGGCUCAGAGACUUCUACAGACCCUUCAAUCUCAAGUUUUACCAAAUGACCGGCCAAGAUUUUGGCUGGGACUGAGCGGCUCCUCACCAAAGCUCUUAAAAACUGAUAGUAGUGUUCUUGUUCAGCCAACAACCAAAACCGGACCCGGGUUACCAUGAAAACAUCGUGUUUACCAAAGCUUUAACUGUGCAAAACAUGCCUUUUCUUUUGUUUUCUUUUCUAUGAAAACUCCUGCCUCUUCCUCUUGAUUUACAGCAACACAUUUUAUGAGAGCUUUAAUGCUUUAAGACUUUCUAAACAAAGAGUGGAAGAAGAGCUGGUUGUGCCUCGGACCACUGUAGUGUGACAAGCGCAGGCCACAUUGAAUCAUACUGCUUAUUUGCUUUGACUUGGAUCUCCUCACACUCGGCACCCUAAGUGCCAGAAGUAUGCUAAGCUCUCAUUGCUGUCCAAAACACUAAAAAGCACAACCUCUAUAUUGAAGAAAAUAACCCCAGAAAGAUGCCAACAAUGCAAGGAGAUGGGCCUAAAUUUAAAACGUGGCAGCAGAGUAAUAGGCUAUGACAGCCGGGCAAAGCUACAAGAAACCAAAUUACAUAUCAAAGACACGCGAACUGUGAAACAAAAAAUGACUACGAGAAAAGAAGGAAUAGGUUUUAAAUUAUGCACUAUGGCACAAUAGAAAUACAUGGGAAGCAACAUAAAUUAAUUAUUCAGUUAGGGUUAUAAAUCCAGCAAUGUUCAGUUUACCUUUGUGUAAAUGUUCUGACAGGUUCUUAGUGUAUACAGCUUUAGUUUUGUUUGUUUUUCUUACAAUGCAAGAUCCUUCUCUGGACUGUCUUUAUUGUAUCUCAAUAAAAAAUGUAGCAAAGGCAGGAAGAUGGGACCCCUGCAACUGUUACAAACAUAGAAGAAAGGCCCAGCAGAGUCCACUAUGUGCUGUUAAUGAUCAGUUAUUUAAGUUACCAAUACAACAUGUGUAUAAAAUGUUCCUUUCACACACAUCUGUAUCCGUGAUUUCUUUCUACUUCGUUUGUAUCACCACUCAACUCCACAGAUGGUACUUAUAUGAAACUGUAUAAUUCUGAAAGCAUAAUUUAUAAGAUGAUGAAAUAUUGUGAGUCUUUUGUAUUUGAAAUUCUGCUGGAACUACUAAAACUUUUAUUCUAAAA